AUGUCGGGUAUAGAGGUAGUAGGCUUGAUCCUAGGAAGCCUACCGCUACUGAUCUCAGCCGGCGAACACUAUCGAGAGGGUUUCGAGCCUUUGAAGAAAUGGAAUCGCUUCCGGACAGACUUCAUUGGCUUUAUCGAUAGAUUGGACAUCGAAAGACAACUGUAUCAUCAAAUGCUGCAGCGUCUUUUACUAUCAACAGGCGUUCCCCCUUAUCAAUUGCGACUCUUUAUGGAUUCGGAAUUUGCGGGAUGGCGUGAACCGACAUUACUGAAAGAUUUAGGGUUGCGGCUCGGUCCAAUCUUACCUGCAUUUCUCAGCACCAUUCAUACUAUGAAUGGAUUGAUAAUGAAACUUCAUUCUUUGUUGUCACUUAAGAACGGAAAGGUCGACUGGGCUAGAAGUGGUGGUGAUCAAUGGGAUUACCAGUUGAAAAGAAUACGACUGAGCUUCAGCAAAAGCGGACUUUCUCUAUUGGACAACUUCGAGUCUCAUAAUCGAAAACUCCGUGAACUUCUCGAUUCAAAUGACAAGCUCGGCGGUGUCCAAAAGGUCUCCGAAGCCAAACAGCGUUUGAAUCUUCUUCAAAACGUCAAAACUCUUGCAGACAGUGUAUACGGUGCUGUUACCGAUGCAUGGAAAUGCAAAUGUGUCGAGCCUCACAUUAUUAUGUUUCUUCUCCAGCGUUCGGAGGUCAUCUCAAAGUCACCUGCGUUCAGGAUGUCUUUCUCGAUUCAAUCCACAAAGAGCGACGCUAAAGAUAACUGGAUCAAUCGAGAUACGACUUUGUUAUCCCACGAAGAUCUGGGGACUGUGCUAGCGCUUCCCAAGGGAGAGCAGAAAACGACAGAGCUUGAUUAUCUGACUGUUCUGAGAAAGGAUUUCGGAGCAACCCCUGUUUCGCAUGUCAAAAUGCCCUCACUUCCAUACUUGGCACCGAUCCCAUUCGUAAACUCUUGCCAGUCUUCGCAAAGCGCAAUCAAUCGUAAUAUUACCAAUGGGCGGUCGAGAUCGUCACAUUCAAUCGACACUAGCUUUUCCUCUACCUCAACCACUUCUGAUAUGACGGACCUUUCUGAUAACACGACUCUGUCAACGAUAAGUUCUUCUACAUCAAUCUCUACUAUGACAAAAGCUAAGCCGAUCAAAUCAAGCCGUUGGCCCUUUUUCCGUAGUCCUAACAAGAAACAAGUGUCGGAUAUCUCACAACCGCACGCUACACCCCAAACUGCUAGUGAACAACAUUCGGCAUCUCUGCAGCUGUUAGAAAACUUUACCCAUGCAGGUUGCACUCGGAUUGAAGAUCUUUGCUCGGUGUUGUGUGUACCUCCCGGACCUUCACCAUGUAUAGGCCAUCUUGUUCGGGAUCGAGAAACCUUUGAGCUCCGAUCAGCAAUACAAAAGCAACUGGCCCCAAAACACACCACUCUGAAGACGCUACUUAAGAAACCGAAAAAGCUUUAUCUCUUAAGUCGACGAAACCGCUAUGCUAUUGGAAGUACCCUAGCAUCAUCCUUACUGGCACUACAGACCUCAAGUUGGCUAGCCCGCGGCUUGGACAAUGAGACUAUUCUUUUUUAUAUGCGAAACGACCCCGCGCGAACGGACUUGUUGAACGAGGGUCCUUAUGUCAAGAAUACGUUUUAUUCGUCAUUGAAGAAAGCUACAAGUGCCUCUCCGAGUCCAAGUACUGUUGAGCAGGAAAGAUCUGCGACACGACGUGCGAUUUUUCAACUCGGCAUUCUCCUUCUCGAACUCUGCUUCGGCGAGUGCAUGGAAGACCAAACCGAGCUUUCGAAAAAUCAUCUCAUUGAUGGUAAACCACACUCUGCCACUGCGAUCCUGACCGCCCAGAACUGGUUGGAAGAAGUAGAAGAAGAAGAGCCAGAUCUAGCGCCGAUCAUUCGAUCAUGUGUUCUGUGCACAUUCCCUUACAAGUGCGACUGGUCGAAUGAGAAGUUUACCCAGUCCUUUUGUGCAACCGUUGUUGAACCAUUGGAGGAGCUUUCAAGGAGAUGGGAUCAGGCAACGAAAGUAUUACUUGCGUAG